UCGCUCUGAGCGGGGCUAGGGAUCUGUGAGUCCUGAGGACCAGCUGAACAGCAAAGGGAGCUUACGGGCUCCGAAAAACCUGCCUCUAAACGGGCUUCUACCAGGAAUUCUGCUGCAAUUCCGACUCUGACAAGUCGUAGAGAAGAUAGUGUUGCAUCCUUGGGUCGUUUGGAGGAAGUAUUCGCCGAUUUGAGGAGUAUUUUCACGAGUUUAGGCGGCGGUGUCCUGCAGAUCGAAUCCACCCCACCAAGUUGACUCCAGCCGGGCACGGGUCGUUUCAAGUUUCUCGUCUUCUUCUCAGAAGUGAGACCACUAUGAGAUAGCGAUGGCGUCCACCAGUCCUGGUGUGACCAAGGAGCCAGAGCGCCGGCCCGCCGAGAGCUCAGAGUCCAAGUCCGACAAAAGCCGGCACCACGGUGAAGCAAAGUCAGCGGAGACCUCGAUAAAGAAAGAGGCCGCGUCAUCGAGCGAGUACGCCCACCCCAGAUUGGAGCCCAGCAGGCCUGGGUUUCCGCACCCACCGCUGAUCUCCGAGCACAGAUCCACGUACCCCUACCCGUCCUUCGGAUUGGACCCCAGGAAUGGAUAUGUGGACCCACAUUUCAUGUCUCCCGUGAUGCCGUUCCACCAGCCCAUCCCAGUCGACGCACGGACUAACGAGGGACGGUACACAUUCGAUCCCCACAAUGUCUACCACGUACCCAUACACAGUCCUCCCUUCGGCGGUAGCCCGGUGCUGUCAGACGUCUCCAUGUUGCGGCUCACCCCCCACAGACCGCACAGCGACCCGACCUCCCCCUUACACGGCCCCCAUCCUGCCUUCAGGCUAAACCCCUUCUUCAGCCCUUACCAUGGCACCCCCCCUCUGUCUGCCCUGUCGCAGGCCAGGGGACUCAGUCCUCAUGAUGGCAUGACGGCAGCGGAGUACUACCACAUGGCGGCCAUGAGUCAGCAGCGCAUGUACAGCGACAUGCCUCCCCUCAGCGGGGGUAGCGGCAGUAUAGCCAUCGACCUACCCACCGACGGUUCAAGGUUCUCAACGCCAAGAACGGCGGCGCGGCACGGGCGAAAGCGCGCCCUGUCCAUCUCCCCGCUGUCCGGCGAGUGUCUGGAUCUCAACUCCAUGAUCAGAACGUCGCCAAACUCUCUUGUUGCAUUCAUCAAUGGCGGCUCACGCAGCGGCUCGUCGGCGAGCACCGGGUCCUACGGUCACUUGUCAGCAAGUGCUAUGAGAACGGAAAGUGGCGCUGAGUCGAAGCCCGGAACCCAGUCCUCGGCAAACAUGCCGUUCAGCGCGCCGAUGCCCAUGUUCCCGUACCCCACCUCCCCCGCCAUGCAGCAGUUCCACAACAGGCUGAUGCGGCAGAAGAGCCCCUUCCACUUCGGGAUGCCCCACGCAUCGCCGUUUGCCGCCCCCCUCCCCGCGGGGAUGGCCAUGUUAGCGGCACAGGGGGCCAUGCCUCCGUCCUCCUCUGCAGCUACACACACUGAAACAAAGGCUGGGGAGCCAAGUUCGAGCAUCGUCAGCAGCACCAUGGAACCGUCGGAAAGCAAGCGCUCCAAGGUCAAGUACGAGGGUUCGCAGGGCUCUCCGGACGACGUGCCUUCGACGACAUUCCCCGCAGAGUCCCGGUCGGAAACGAGCAUGGCGGAGGGGACGAACGAGGACGCGGAACCUCCAGUGUACGAAACCAACUGUCACUGGGACGGCUGCAGCAAGGAGUUCGAUACGCAGGAUCAGCUAGUACAUCAUAUCAACAAUGAUCACAUUCACGGUGAGAAGAAGGAGUUUGUUUGCCGGUGGUCGGAGUGUACGCGAGAGCAGAAGCCGUUCAAGGCCCAGUACAUGCUGGUGGUGCACAUGAGGAGACACACCGGAGAAAAGCCUCACAAAUGCACGUUUGAGGGCUGUAACAAGGCGUACUCUCGGUUAGAGAACUUGAAGACCCACCUCCGGUCCCAUACAGGAGAGAAGCCAUACGUUUGUGAACAUGAGGGGUGCAACAAAGCCUUCUCCAAUGCCUCAGACAGGGCAAAGCACCAGAAUAGAACACACUCCAAUGCUAAACCGUACGUGUGCAAAAUCCCAGGCUGCACCAAGAGAUACACCGACCCCAGCUCCCUUCGAAAACACGUCAAGACGGUCCACGGUCCCGAGGCGCACCAGACAAAGAAGCACAAGACACUCGGACCCACCCCUCGGCCGCGGGACCCUCCCUCCGAGAAACGGGACCAGGACUCCGUCAGUUCGCCCCCGGACAGUAACGGUGUCCACAGCAGUACGACAAACCCAGCCGCUUCUCAAGGCUCUCCGGGACAGAAACCCACCGAAGGCCACAAACCGACCGGCCAGACGUGCGAUGCCCAACAGUCCGUGUACGGGUCGUCCCCUCACCACGACAGCGGCGUGGAGAUGAACGCCAACAGCGGGAGUCUCCCCGACCUUUCAACCCUCGACGACCAGGUCAUCAGCGACAGCAGCAUCAGCAGUACUGUGCCCACGUCGCGCGCCUCGGGCGUCAUGGUGGCGGCACGACCUGGGCUGGUACCGCGGGCACCACGCAUCGGAAACAAACCCUCGAACCAAAGAAGACGGAUGCGACUCAGUAGUGGCACCCCCGGUCCGACGUCCCCACCCCGAUCGGACUCCGUACAACUACCUCCUAUCGAAAAGACAGGUUCAAGAGGCCCGAGUGCUCAAGGCUCGCACUCUUCGGUUGAGGCCGCCAACAGAAGAACGAACGAGCUGCGUGCGUCGGAUCUCAGCCAGACUUCUCGGACCAGCAGUCUGGGCAGCCUGGGUUCGCGUAAGGACAGCGCGAGCACGGUCAGUUCCUACUACAGCAGCCGGCGUUCGUCCGAGGCGUCACCCUUCCCAGAAAGUAUAUUCUCCAGUCGACGGUCUAGCCAAGCUAGUCCAUUCCCAGGCAUUAAUAGAAGAACUUCUAAUGGGUCACUGUACUCGCCUAAUGAUUCUUACGACCCAAUAUCGCUUGGCUCAUCAAGGAAAUCGAGCGAUGCGAGCAGCUUGAGUAUGAACGUGAACGAACUAGGGAUCAACAUCGAACAACAACAGAUGUUGCGGGCGAGGUUUAUCCAAGCUACGGGACGGCCGCCUACCGCUGUGUGCGGCAAUGAUUCACGACCGGAGAGCCGACGUGGUGAUCGGAAGGAGAAGGAAAAUGUGGAAGAGCCCAACCCAAGACGUCAGAGCGACCUGGGGCACUACAACAGGUUGAAAGGCACGCCGCUUCCAAAGGAGGUUAAGGAUGGCCCCCACCGUAGGUCGAGUGCUCCACAGAAAAAUGACGUGGUCACAAAUCUCCCUGAUGUACCACGUGACCAUAGCUUUAACAAACACACACCCCUCCCCCCAGUCACCCCACAGCCACCACCACAAAUCAAGAAGGCGUUCAGUCCGAGUAAAGUUAAGCAAGCCUUCAGCCCCAAAUCGGCCAGCACCUCCAUGCAGGGGGUCGCGGAGGAGUUUCCGAUGGACUUGAUCGAGAACGAGCCCGACGUGAUAAUCCCGGAUGAGAUGGUUCAGUUCCUCAACUCGCAGACUGGCGACGACCCACGAGAAAUGGUCCCCAACUUUGAACAGGUCGGGACGACGCCCACGUUUGUUGAAGACAUUCCCCCCAUGCAAGUGAACCCCAUCCAAGGAGACGGUUUCAGUAACAUGGGGUCUCCACAGCAAGCAUUCAGUCCAAACAGACAACCAAUGCCACCUAUCCAGCAACAACAGGCCUUCAACCAAUCACAGCAGGUCUUGUCACCUAGUCGCCAAAGUUAUAAGAUGUCUCAACCAAUGGGGUCGCAGCCCUUGAGUCCCAUGGAAGUCAACAUGGCUGCCUUAGACCACAGCCCCAACCCUCCUACGUACAACGCCUCCCAGAUGAGUCCUGCUCAGCAGUUCAGCCCGGCUAGCUACGAUCCCAACUUAAACUCGCCCUCUUGCAGAGUGCAGCAGAACUACAGCCAGAUGGGAAUGCAGUCCCCCGUGCCAAAUUAUGCAAGUCCGACGAGACAAGCCCAGAACAUGGCACCGAAGCUCCCAAAUAUGCAGCCGCAGAUGUUGAGCCCUCAGCAGCGUCAGCAAAGCCAGCAACAACAGCUUCAACAGCAGAUGCAAAGCCAACAACAGCAGAUGCAGCAAAUGCAGAAGCUGCAGCAGAUGCAAAAGAUGCAACAGAUGCAAAAAAUGCAACAGAUGCAAAAAAUGCAGCAAAUGCAAAAGAUGCAGCAGAUGCAGAAAAUGCAACAGGUGCAAAAAAUGCAGCAAAUGCAACAACAGCAACAGCAGCAGCAGCAAGCGCAGAUGCAAAACAUGCAAGUGCAGCGGCAGAUGCAGAACAUGCAGAAACAAUCGCAACUGCAGCAGCAAAUGCAAAACUUGCAGCAGCAGCAACGUCUACAACAGCAAAACCUUCAGCAGAACUACAACAUGCAGCAGAUGCAAAACCUACAGAGCCAGAUGCAGCUUUCUCCGAAUGUACAGCAGCAAAUGCAGAACCUUCAGCUGUCCCCCUCGGGGCAACAGUACCUGCCAGAAGGAGCCCAGCAGAUGCAGUAUCAGGCCAACGUGCAGUUCUACAACUUGCAGAACCAGUCGGGACGGCCGUUGGAGAACCCCACGCAGGUCAACGUCGUACAUUCCACGAUCGAGCCGCACCACUCGCCGCAGCGGCCCGACGGCGCGGCCGACAUCAACCUGGAGAACGUUGCCAUGCCGACGCAGAACCCGAUGGGCUUCCCCGCCGGAAAUGCUGGCUACACGCAGGACCAAAGCACGAACUUUGUUGGCGGCGUGAACAUGUCGACGCCCAUGGUGCCGCCAGAAACGCCUGGCUCCGCAUCGAACAUGGUCAUCAACGAUAUGAGCUCGCUCAUGGCCUCGCUAGCAGAGGAGAACAGAUAUCUGAACAUGAUGGGCUGAAACUGAGGACUAUUUAUUCUGUGAAGAGGGCUGUACGAUGCUUUUCCCGGACAGUUCUAGGCUCAAAGACGUCAGAAUGGGGUGCUGUGUUUGUGAAAGUUUGGGGCUUUAUUUUUGUGAAGGAGAAGUUGUACAAAGGUACUGGGGUAUUGGUCAGAGUGACAUAUUAAACAGACUGGCUACAUAUGUCAUUCUUUCAAGCCCCCAAACUUUCCAUUGGCGUCACGUGAGUUAUAAGAAAAGAUAAUCAGAGAUAAACGUUAGGGAGGCUUUGACUGGCCGAGUUUUUAUCGUCUCAAGAACUAAAAUUGUUGCCAUAAGAGUAUGGAUGAGGUUCUCUUGCUUUUGUACAGGCUUGCAAGCAUUGGUGCCAUUUGAAUAGUGUCUUGCUGUUGAAAUCAGUAGGUAAUGUGUAUGUAGAUAUACUUGUUGUCGACAACCAUAGGUGGCCACGGUGUCUGUCUGAAGUGCCUGUUGAAGCUUAAAAAUACAUCAAACUUUUAAUAGACUGGAAAGAAUUAAACUUAUAUAUGCACCUUUAGCAGAAAGAAUGGGAAAUUUGGUGUUCAACUCUUGAUACAACUAGCCUGUUGUAUUUAUUUAGUUAACACAGUCAAAAGAGAUGUGUUCACAACUUCUUUUUAUCUACAUCUGUGGAUGCAGCUGCCAAAUACUUGCCACAAAAGUUUUCAUGCAGAAACCCUUUUUAGGUUAAGAUAUCACUGCAAUUUGCAUUACCAUUGCAAAUAGAUAGGCACCUUUGUAUUGCUGCAAAGGGCAACCAUGUUGGGGCCUACUAGUAGCGACAGUAUUGGUCAAAAGUUUUUGUCCACAUUUGAAGCCAUUUUAAAUGCUAAUCGUGUGCCUUGUCUAUUAGAAGUUAAUGGACUCAGGAAAUGUACAAAGCACCGUUGUUUGUGUCUAUGGUAGAAGAGUGAUGAAAUAUUAUGAGAUUUUUAAAAGAAAUAGCCGGCGUAAUUCACCGGUUCCCAACCAGGUGUAGCCACUAGCCACAAAUAUCACACUGAAAGUUGAUAAACUUGUGGAAAAUUGCCACUGUGAUCCUGAUCAGAACUUGUAUAUUUAUGAAUAGCUCUUUUAAAACAGUAACAAUUGUGAAAAAGCCCUUGUCCGGAAAUCUACUUUCUUCAUAUUUAGGACAAUGAAGUUUUCAACUGAAAACAAUAGUAGUUAUAUGAAAGUGUACCGGCUCGUCUGUAUGAAUUAUUGGUAGGUUGUUCUUACAAUCAUUGUACAUACAUGGAACUCAAUAUAGAAAUGAGAAAGAAGUUUUCAGAGAAGAUAUACACAGAACUGUUACCAUGCAUAGAAUGAAGUACAGAAUCAUGUAACAUUGGUGAAGUUUCAUCAUUUAGAGAGCAGGCAAACGUUUGCAAAUCAUGACCAUCAAAAUUCUGAAAUUGUUAGUCAUCCUCGACAACAAAUUAUAUCUUGUACGAUAGUGUUUUGUUAUGAGAGUCACACAGUACUUACAUGAGUGCCAGCUAUGGUCUAUGUUGAACCACAGUCAACUCUGUGACUGUGCACUUCAAUGAAUUGUUAUGAAAAGGCAGUGCAACAAAUUCACAUCACACGCAACUAUGCUGAAGCCUUUUUGAAAGGAAUUUAGCAAGUUUUUCUUGACGAGAAAGUAGUCUCUACCAGAUUCUGAAAGCACCACUUAUUGUAGUGUUAUAGGAAAAAUGUACAGUUGAAGAUGAUAUGUAAAAGCCACUGUCACCGUCUUCCAAAGUCUUAACACCCAGCCAUAUUAAGCUCCUUGUUCUUGCCAGUUAAAAAACAACCAAACAGCCAUUUUUGUAUGUUUUUUUAAUACUAACCCCAAAUCUUAUAUUUUUAUGAUAACCUGUUUUAUUCUGUCUUCCCGUAGCCCUGUUUAGGAACCUGUUUUGUGGGAUAGUUUUCUUUUAUUGUGUCCAUUUGUUUCGAAGAUGCGAAGAUUUUAUGAACUUUCAGACUAUGACCUUUUUGUAUUCAAAGUCUAUUAAAUGUAUGAAAGUGUA